AUGGUGGCGACGGCGCGGGCCAUCGUCGGCGCCGAGGGCGUCGCGUCGCUCUACCGGGGCUUCGCCGCCGCCGGGCUGCGGGAGCUGAGCUACACGAGCCUGCGCUUCGGCCUCUACGAGCCGCUCAAAAAGGCGCUCGGCGCCGAGGACCCGCGGACCGCGCCGUUCCACAAAAAAGUCCUCGCGGGCCUCGGCGCCGGCGCGUUCGCGUCCGCGGUCGCGUCGCCGACGGACCUGCUCAAGAUCCGCGCCAUGGCCGUCACGGGCCCACCGGAGUCCCUCGCGGCCCAGGCGCGCGCCGUCGCCGGCGGCCCCGCGCGGCCCUGGCCCCUGAACUUCUACCGCGGCGUGUCGGCGACGGUGCUCCGCGCGUGCUGCCUCGGCGCGACGAAGAUGGCCUGCUACGACCAGGUCAAGGAGGAGCUCCGGCGGCGCUGCGGCCUCCGCGACGACGUGCCGUCGGAGCGCUACGCGCUCCAGGGCGCCGCGGCCGUCGCCGCGGGCCUCGCGAUCACGGUGGCGACGUCGCCGGCGACGAACGCGCGCGUGCUCUGGAUGGCGAGCGAGCCGGGCACCUUCCGCCACCUCGGCCACGCCCUGGGCCACAUCGUGGCCACGCGGGGGCCCGGCGGCCUCUUCCGCGGCUUCUCCGCGCAGUGGGCGCGCUUCGGGCCCUACGCGCUCGUCCACUACUUCGCCUGGGAGCAGAUGCGCCUCCUCGCGGGCAUGCGGCCGCUCUAA